AUGCGUCCAGACGGUCCUCGUGAUACGGUCGCUGGUCCUGAAAGUGGACCUGCACCGCCAUUUCCACUCCGACUCAAUGGCAAAGUGAUCAAAGGUUUCGGGCGCGGAAGCUCAGAGCUGGGCAUACCAACCGCGAACAUUCCUCUUUCCGGCCUCUCCGUGGGUGGGCAGGAAGAUAUAGAAUCCGGCGUCUACUACGGCUGGGCGGGCCUAUCGCCGUCCGAUGCCGUUCGCCAGCACCCGCCUGGUACCAGCGGUGUGUCGAAAUACAAGCUCAUGGCGGAGGAUGUGCAGACAACCCUCAAUGGAGUCCUCUCACAAGGCAAGGAGAAGAAUGGUCAUGCGGAUAUUGAGACAAAAGGCGCUGUCUACCCGAUGGUCAUGUCCAUUGGCUGGAAUCCCUUCUACAAGAACACAGUGCGCAGUGUGGAGGUCCACAUCAUGCACGACUUUUCCAUCGACUUUUACGGAAGCCACAUGAACCUGUUGAUUGCCGGCUUCAUACGGCCUGAGCUUGACUACGUGAGCAAGGAGAGCUUGAUUGAUGAUAUCAAGACGGACAUUAAUGUCGCUGGUCGGAGUUUAUCAAGAACAGCUUAUGUCAAGCUUAUGGGUGAUCCAUAUCUACUUGAUUUUGAAGGCAGAGAUGAGAUUGCUAGCUAG